AUGCUGAUCAACGCCCCGCAAUGCAUGUCACCCAUAGUGCGCUUAGGGGCAUUCCUCGUAUUCUUACUCACGUGCGCCAUAUUGAUCCUGCCGCGAAGAUUCGCAGCUCCUCCAACAUUCGCACAGGUUCCUGGAAACUCAUUCAGGAACGUUACGGAGACAAGCUCGAUUUUCAACGCCUCGAUAAUCGACUUUUGGCAGGACGUCGCAUCAGCUUUGGUAGCGACCGCGCCGCAAUGCAAGCCUCUCCGAGUCCAGGACGAGCAUGUUCACCAUGCAGAACACCAUUUUGACCCUCUCAAUCCAGGGGAAAAGAUAUCACAGCAACUUCUCAACUUCACGGACCAAGAUGAGACAGCAUUACUUCGAGCCCACUAUAAAAUGCGCAAGUCAACACUACGUCUGGCGCCCAAAUUGCCCUUCUCGGCUGGGACUACUGGUAUCGUGACCGCCACCGAUUCUGAACAGUUACCUGUAUUUCUUGUCUCGCUGCGUAUGCUGCGCAGGACUGGAUGUAGUCUCCCCAUGGAGGUCUUCGUCGAUGAUUGGACCGUCCGAGACCGAACGACCUGCGACAUCAUUCUGCCUUCUUUGAAUGCACGUUGCAUCAGCCUGUCCGAGGGCUACACUCAAAGUCUAAAUAUUACAAGUCAAUACCGCAGCCAAGAUAAUAUACUAGCUAUCAUGUUGUCUACCUUCCAAGAUGUCCUAUACCUCGACGCGGAUGCGUUUCCCGUCUACGACCCAACUGUACUCUUUACUACACCGCCCUACACCACCCACGGCCUCGUGACCUGGCCAAGCUUCUUCGGAAUCACAACUUCUCCGCACUACUACCAUAUCGCUGGAGUACCUGUGGAACCCGUAUCGACCCGCUACUCCACCGACUCCAGCCAAAUAAUGCUGAACAAAAACAUGCACCAAGAAUCGCUCCUCAUGAUGGUAUACUACAACUACUACGGCCCUGACUACUACUACCCCCUAAGCUCCAGGCACCAAGAAACAUUCAUCCAAGCCGCACUAGCUACCGGCCUGCCAUGGUAUCAAGUCCGCACCGCACCAAGAGCACUAGGCCGAUUGUGGAACGGGACAUUUCGCGCCACAGGGCUUGCACAGGCAGACUGCGGUACGGAUUUCGAAUACGGCGCCCCUUACCCUUCACACAUCCACGAGUCCGCGAAAUGGGAGAAAGAAGAUCGCGCGCACCCAGAUCUUGUCGUGGAGAAGAAGCUCAAUUACACGAGACAUACCCCUCCGUCUCCUAAGCCUGUCUUUGUACACCAGAAUAUGCUGCAGAUGGAUCCGAGUAAGCUGCUCUUGGAUACAAACGAAAUCACAUACGAGGCGCAUGAUGGGACUAUGCAUCGCAUGUGGGGGUUCAAAGAAGACAUGGAGAGGACGCUAGGAUUUGAUGUAGAACGAAGACUGUGGGAUGUUGUGGAGGAAGAGGCAUGUAGGGAGCUGGAGUCUACGGAGAAGUGUAAGAGAGUCAGGGACUAUGUGAGAGAGGUAUUUGGGUGGAUGGAGAGUAUCGAUAGACCUUGGUGAAGUAGGUCCAAGACGACCCAGUCUGGUUUUGACAUUAGCGGCGCAUUUUGGGAGGUGUAUUGGAGUAGUUGUCAUUAGGUCAUUACGGCUGUAGACCAAGUAUAUGUAUACAAAUGCUCUACAGCUCAG